ACUUGAACUAACAAAAAACGUAAAUAAGAUGAUCCAAAUUAUUAAUGAUGACAAUAUGUCUGCAAUAUGUAGAAAUCAGGCGAAGAUAAUUGCACAAAAAUACCUUCAGACUAUUACUGAAAUUACUGAUAAAUUGUCCGACAAUGUUGCAGAAGAAAUUGAAGAAAUGGACGAAAUCUCCAGAUCAGACUCCGAAGCACCCAAUUUGUUAAGAGAUAUAUCCAAAAUCAAUAGAUCUUCGAAGUCUAUUAGCUGGGGUGUUAAUGUUACACGAGAGUACGUUAAGGAUAGCACGGUCCCAGCAAACACUUUAGUCACACCAUCUAUGCCACCUCGCAGUAUUCUUAAGCGUAGGUAUGAUUACGAAGAGGGUGCUGAUUAUGAAAUUCAUAGAAUGACCAAUUUAACUUUAUCAAAGCCAGCAAAAAAGUUUCGUGAAGACAAAAAUAAAUGA